AUGAGCCGCUUGUGUUGGAGAACAAGCAAGGAUCUCACCGCCAAAAAUAUGGAAUUACUGUCACUUUAUGGCAUCCCCCAAGCAACCCCUUUCCAAUCCGAGAGGCCCAUUGUCCUUCAGGGUAUACUGAGCAACUUUGGUCCCAAGGGCAACUUGUCCCAUGGAGCUGCUCCUGGUAUUCCAGUUGCCCGAAACUCCGAGACGAAUCCUCCUUCCAAGAUUCAAACCACCACAAACGCCUCUAGCCCCCUCUCCGACAGUUUGGGGCUCGCCGAGCCAAAGUUUAACAUCAACCUAACAGCGUAUACCAAUCCCUGGGGCCGUCCCCAGCGCGAAGGGCCCGCCGUGCGUGCGUCUGCUCUCGUUGCGUACGGAAAUUACUUGCUCUCGCAGGGUCAGCACGUCAAGGCUGCGCAGAACGUCUGGCCUGUUCUGCAAAAUGACCUCGCAUAUGGCGGGCAGUACUGGAAUCAGGCUGGAUUCGAUCUGUGGGACGAAGUCAAUGGGACUUCGUUCUUUACUACCGCCGUGCAGCACAAGGCGCUCGUCGAGAGACAGAACUUCGCGGAGGCAUUAGGACAGACAUGCGAGGGCUGUUCUGUUGCCCCAGAGCUCCUGUGCCAUCUGCAGGGCCGUGCUCUGCGCGCGCUGUCCAACCACAAGGUUCUCAUUGAUAGUUUCCUGUCUAUCUAUGGUGCUAACCAGGGUAGGAUUGCUGGGAAGGCUGCUGCUGUGGGAAGAUAUCCGGAGGAUGUUUUUCAUGGAAGAUCGCCAAACGCGAUACGUAGCUACGCAGAUGGUUUCAUUUCCGCGGUGCAGGAGUGCACUCCUGCUGAUGGAGGCCUGUCGGAGGAGUAUGACCGCGACACAGGGGUCCAGGUUUCUGCUCCAGAUCUGACUUGGUCGAACGCGGCGUUUUUGACUGCUUUUGCGAGACGCGAUGGGUCUGUGCCGCCGUCUUGGGGAUCCUCUGCGGCACUUAAGGUUCCUGAGAAGUGUACCGGUGCUAGUGUGAAGGGAAGCUAUGCGGCUGCGAAGCCUUCGUGGUGAUCAAUUCAUAUAUUUAGAUAUCUCAACGGAGUAUACAUAGUAUCCAGUCAACAAUCAAUCAAAUUACACCCGAUCAACAAAGAAAAAACGUAUAGUAACGAAAACGCGAUAAAUAUAAAAUAGGGUAUCUAUAGCUUAGAGCUUGGCCUUGCCCUGCGCCUUUUUGAGCACAGGCUCCAUCUUGGUCGCCUUCAUGAUAUUCCCGCGAAUCUUCAGCUUGCCGCCCAUAAACAAUCGCUGCGCGUUCGCCUUGCCGGUGACCAGGUCCUGGAAGUCUUUGUCGGA